AUGUCACUGAUGACAGAUGAUUUGGAUGUGAAAUAUGGAGUGAUGAAUCAGAAUGAUAGUGAAUCAGCUGACAAGAAGAAACGGAAAAAAUCGAAGGGAAGAGCAUUGGAAAUCGACUUCCCACUUCAUUCGAGUGGGCUAAUGCAAUCAUAUGAAUCUAGCAUUUGCUAUGGCGCAAACAAUCAUCAACUUGUUCCCGCAUAUCCGACUGACACUGCUGCGGUGGGGAAUGAUUGUUCUGAUGUAAUUAAUCAGCUUUUGCCAACUAUCCGAGAUGCUGUGCAGGAAUUUUUAUAUGAUGUUGGCAGUCGUGCUUGUGAAAUAGAAGAAGUCAUCAAUUUCUUGAAAAUAUCAGACAUUGCACUGCAAUAUAAACAGUUGCUUAAUUCCUUAAAUAACGCGCAAUUAUAUAAGCUUUUCGAAAAGUUGAAUAUAUUUCAUAUAUCAUAUGAAGGCUCAAAGAUGAUUCUUCAAAUGAUUGAUGAACCAUUUCACCUAUCUAAUUCUGAUACUGCUUUGUCACCAGCUGUCUCAUCCUUAUCUAAUGUUAAUAAUAGUAACCAGUUAUUGACACUAAUGAAGGGUGCUUUGAAUAGUACUUCGGACGCUUCUACUGCUAAACCUCUCUCUUCGAUUACAAAUGAUUUCACAAAUAGAUUACCGCAGAGGUAUUUAAAUGGAACAGGAACAAUGGGAACAGAACUUAACAGUAUAAUUAAUUCGCAUCAAAAAAUUAUUGGAAGUACGGUGGUCCAUAAGCGUUUAUCUGCGCAAAACGGGGAUAUUUUUUAUGACCAAAACACUGAACUGGUGGAUCAGAGGAUGUUUUUGCAGGAUGCGAGGUUUCAUUUGGAAAGAAGAUUUAUAGAACAGAGAUUGAAAGAUGUGGAAAAAAGAUACGAGGAGAGAUUAUCUAACGCUUCUUUAAUGUUAAAAAAAGCUUACAAAGAAAUAUUAGAUUUACGAUUGGGAAAAGCAAAAGCAUUAGCAAAUAAAAGAAUGGGGCAGGCGGAACUUGCAUUAAAACACGCUAAUGCAAUACAUAGCAGGAUUGCAGACGAAACGGUUAAAUCAGAUAUAAAACAAAUGAUAAGGCAAUGGGAACAAAUCCUCAGGGAUUAUAAGGCUUGGCAUGCUAAUUUAGAUAGAAUAGUAGAUGGUCAAAAGGCACAAGUAGAUUCAAAUUAUCGUUUUGAUGAGUUGGCCCUUCUGUCGCCACCGGAUAAUAUUCCAUGUGCUCCACAGUUACCUCCUAAUGCUUUGAAGUAUUUUCAACAACUUGAAUUCGAGUGCAGCUCGAGUGACCCCUCGUCGGAACUGCUUCGAGUAAUUGGUCCUCCGAUCGGUUUUGAAAAAGAAGCUGUAACAGGUGGUCGAUUUGGUGCAAUUGGACAACCUGCCCCUCCGCCACAGAGGAAGAUAUUCACGGAAGCACAAAUAAAUAAAUUGGUUGAGAAAACGCUGAAACAUUUCCAGGAUACUUACGGAAGUUCUUCAAACUUAAGCGCGGAAGAGAUCAGAAAUAUAUUGAACGACCUCGAACGACGUCCUUUAGUGUUUGCAUCCGAUGCAACUCUUUCUUCUGUUCUUUCUCAUGUAAUAAAACGAGUUAUGGAAGUAAGUGGUACGAGUGAUGGAAAAAAUAGCAGUCAACCAGGCACACCAUGCUGGACAUCGUUAUCAUCUGAGUCAUCUACCGUUCGCCGUUCCGUGGAUUUGGAAAAUCAGGACUGUAAAAUUUGCUUACAGUCAUUGGCACAUGGUGAUAAACUAAUACAAUGCCCUUCCUGUUUCGAUUCCUAUCACUAUGAGUGUGGGAUCAAAUGGCUCAAACAAAACAGUACAUGCCCCCACUGCCGUCGGCUGUGGAGCAAUCCGGACGAUUUUCCAUCCUUAGCGAAGACUCUUCUGUGA